GCGCCUUUUGUACUUGAUUAGUUCCAAUCCUACAGGUGGAGAGAAACGAGAAAUGAGAAAUCCAAAUGACUUUCGUAUAAUAAUUACAUAAAAAAACCAAAACAAGAGUUCUGUUCAGUUUGUAUGUACCGAUACCAAAAUAUUGCUGAGUAAUCUUAUGUGCGUCAUGAUACAGCAGAGUUCAGCGGAAAUUAUUCAAAUGCAAAUUUGUACCAUGAAGACAAUUUCAGGCAAACAGCUUUGAGUACAUAGCGAAAAGGGUACCAAGAAUUUUUUCCAUCUGGCUUUUUUUCGUGCAUCAUGGGUUGGAUAUUUAUGAUCUUCCUUGCACUUUUGCAACUAGCCGCAGUCGCCUUCAACCUACGGAUGCUGUUGAGUUGCUUCAAAGAUAGAACAAAAUACCCGUUUCUUCAAAGAGGUAGAAUGUUCUUCAUUUGUCAGUGGAUUUGCCAAGUUACAGUUCUCGUCGCUGAUGCCGUAGAAUCGUGGAAAGGAUUUGGAAGUCAGCUCAAAGAAAGCUGCAAUAUCUUCAGGGUCCUCUCGCUUUCAAUGAUGUUUUUCCAAGCUUACAACUUGAUGGCGAUAGUGAUGAUCUUAUCUGAGAGCCAGGUGAAGCGUAAAAACAGAGAGUUUUCAACCAAACUGAAAAUAUCUGCAGUCCUUGUUCUGGGACUCAUUGGCUCAGCAACUAUAUCGUGGUACAACUGCUUUUCUCCACAGAACCUUUCUCGCAUGUUCCUGAAAGCCAUUUUUUUUGCUUCUGCUAUUUUUGUCAUUUUAAUAGUUUCUGCAGCGGCAAGGAAUAUCAGCAUUGAAGACACGCCAACUGACGAAACUCAACCAGAAGCUUCAGUUUGGAAGAUAUUUCCCAAAAAAAGAUAUCUCUUUUUGGUAACUUUGUUAAUAAUGUGCUUGAUAAUAAUUUUAAACUGGGAACCUCGCUCCGAAUCAAGUCGCAACAGUUAUAAACCUGAAGAUUUUGAGGAGGUUAUUGUAUUGAAGGAGGUUACAUAUUCAGUUGUUGAAACGUUCUUUGUUGGAAUCGUUUUACCAGUAAUAUUAACUAAUCUCAUCGAUUCAAAUUAUGAAGAAAAAGAUGAGAUAAAAACUAUUCUCAUUUAGUACCGUGUGAGGUUACUGACUCAGUCAUUGAUAGAUCUAUAAGGUUUCCAACUUCGAACAUUUUGGGAGAGUAACAUCACCCGUUGUACAACAAGGAUUGUUCAGAGGAUAGUCUUAUAUGGGGUCGUGAAGUACUUAUUUAAUGAUAUGAUGUACAAAUUUGUUUGAAUUUACCAUCUACACAGUAGUUAUGAGCAGAACUUUAAGUCCAAUGGUUUGUUUUUGUUUUGGUCGACCAUGACGAUGAGUUGUGCGAUAUUGAUUGGUUUUUUUUUCUGUUUUUUCGUUCUUAGUUUGUCUCUUGUUUGACCGGAAGCGCGGUUAGGUACGUUAUUGUUCAUACGUGAAAUCCUUGUGAAAGUGUUUGAGUUAAAGUUCUGCUACCAAAUGUUUGAUCUUCGUGAGUUGGCAUGCCCCCUGAUAAUGGAUCUUAAAGUAGGUACCUAAAAGAACCACAGUCCGAGUAAGGCAGACAGCAUGAUAAGAGAAAAGUGGUAAAUUUGCUGUUGGUAGAAUAUCUGUAGAGACCUGAUUUAAGAAGAACUAAAAGGCCAAGUCUGUAGAGUCCACUGAGCCCUUUUCUAAGUGUGCUACAUUUUGCGGCUAUAGUUCUCCCCUUUCGGUAAAAUGGUUUUAACUCGGAAGCACAAUUUGAUCGUGUUUUCUGAUCAUUUGGUUGAGAGUUUUCUUUAAAAGGACUGUUUUCAGUACAAGUGACUGAAGUUUCGUAAACCUUAGCGGAGGUCAUCAUCGGAGUUCACUCUGAUGAUGUUGUUGUGUACGAAGGUAGUCAAGCGAAUUAAACAUGUGUUUACUAACGCGGUGCGUAAGUCUGUUCAAAAAGGAAAUCGUUCAGGCUUUCGAUACUGAAUAUGCGAACUUCCUGUUUAAUUUAUGGAUAAAAAAAAACGCUUUUAUAACAGACGUUUCAGCU